AUGGAUAGCUCCGAUCCGUUACUGAGUGAGCUCUGCUCAAUAUGCCACGUUAAUCCCCCGAAAUAUCGCUGUCCUCGCUGCUCAACGCGCACCUGCUCUCUUCCCUGCACUCGCCGCCACAAGCUCUGGUCCCAAUGUUCUGGUGAGCGUGACCCUGCAGCUUAUCUCAAGCGCAGUCAACUUGCUACGGAAUCUGCUUUCGAUCGCGAUUUCAAUUUCAUUAGCGGAAUCGAGCGCACGCUCGAGCGUGCGGAGAGAGAUGUAGAGAACCGGGGCAUCGACCUUGCGCAUGGACAAGACAUUGAUCAAGUAAAUGGAGAGGAUGCUCAAACCUCUGGCACAGGGCGGAAACGGAAACAUCCGGGCCAGGGUCUAGUCAAGGGAGAGGCUGGAUUCUUGCGUGGAGCGGAAGCCGGGGCCGUCAAGGUUAUUCGGGCUCCGAAAGGAAUGUCAAGGAAUAAGCAAAACAAUUCAAGAUGGCAUCCUAAAAAGGCCCCCGCGGUCACGAAAGAAGAGAACGAGAGUCAACAAGAGAAGACAUCUACAUCACAGGCGCCUCCGGAGACCACUACGGAGACCACUACGGCUAUAGCCGAAUCUUCUACUCCUGCAAAGGCCUUGGAUGAAGUACCAAGCACAGAAACACAAGCUGGGAAGACAGAGGAGCCUGAAACGCAACCAGAACCUACAAUGGAGAAGUUAACAGACCUAUCGAUUGGUCCUCAUCGUGAUCUCUACUUCUAUCUCCACCGCCCACGCACCGCAACAAAGAAGCCGGUAUUAAUCCCUCUGCCGCCAUCGGGGAAAUUGGCCGCUGUAUUACGCGAGCGUACAGUGCUGGAGUUCCCCACGAUAUACACGCUACCCUACUCCGCAGAAACACUACUUGCGGAGAAAGACACGUCCCCAUUCAUUCUGGAAGAAGAGUAUCUACGAACAGCAGGACCUGAACAAUUAGGGGAGGAAUCAAGAGACUUGGACCAGGAUGACAGUUCCCCUGAAGAUGGUGCCUCUGGGAUUCCUGGAUCUUCACUCGACCUACAAAAAGUGGAUGAGAAAAAGGUGCUGGAAGUAUUGAAGCAGGACCUUUUUGAGCCUGUGCCGGAUGCUGAAUGA